GUCGGGUUUUUUUCUUUUAAUAUCAAGAUGACUAUCAAUCCUACUUACCUUGCGCAGCGCACUCGCUCCUCUGCCAACUGGAGCGAUGCGAAGACUCGUGUUCUGAGGUCUUACAGGGAGUGGCUUCGAGCUUCCCCCGAAAUCCAAACCAUGUACUCCCUGAACAUCCCCGUCUCCGCCAUCCGCACAAAGGUCCGCCAGGAAUUCGAGAAGCACCGCUACGUCAACCAGCUCAAUGUCGUGGAUGUGCUGCUGUUCCAAAGCCACGCCGAGUUCCAGGAAACCCUCAACUACUGGAAGCAGCUCUCGCAUGUGAUGAAGUAUUUCCGGCCAGAGGAGGACCCCGGUGCCCGGCUACCUCCUAACUUCAUUUCGGGCUUCCUGGAGGGCCGCAAUUGA